AUGAUAGCAAUGGGAUUUGAAGGCAGUGCAAACAAGCUGGGAAUAGGAAUAAUGAGAGACGAUGAGAUUUUGGCAAAUGAACGACGCACAUAUAUCUCUCCUGCUGGGGAAGGAUUCAUUCCUUCAAAAACAGCAGAGCAUCAUCGCAUGAACAUACUGGAACUUAUACGUAUUGCACUUGAAAAAGCCAAAAUACGUCUUGAUGAGAUUGAUGUGUUUUGCUAUACAAAGGGACCUGGGAUGGGACAGCCAUUAGCUGUUGUUGCAACAGUUGCCAGAACAAUCAGUCUGUAUUAUAAGAAACCACUUAUUCCAGUGAAUCACUGUAUAGGACAUAUUGAAAUGGGCAGGUUUAUAACAGGUGCAAAGAAUCCAGUUAUUUUAUAUGUAAGUGGUGGAAACACACAGGUAAUAGCAUACUCCAGCAGGAAGUACAGAAUAUUCGGAGAAACACUCGACAUAGCAAUUGGGAACUGCAUAGAUAGGCUUGCAAGGGAUUUAAAACUUCCAAACUACCCAGCACCUGGACUGAAUGUAGAAAAGUAUGCUAGGCUAGGAAAAAAAUAUAUUGAACUUCCAUAUGUUGUCAAAGGUAUGGAUGUGUCGUUUUCUGGAUUGCUAUCUAAAGCAAAAAUAGAUUCGAUCACUGAUGAACAGUCAAAGUAUGACUUGUGCUAUUCUUUACAGGAGACUGCAUUUGCAGCACUUGUAGAAGUUACUGAACGUGCAAUGGCAUUAAAUGGCUCUAAGGAAGUCUUGGUUGUUGGAGGAGUUGGGUGUAAUUUAAGGUUGCAAAACAUGAUGGCAUCAAUGGCCAGAGAUCGAGGAGGAUAUGCUUAUGCCACAGACGAGCGAUUUUGCAUAGAUAACGGUCUUAUGAUCGCAUAUACGGGAAUGAUUAUGGCUAAAAGUGGAUUGACAUUCUCCAUUGAUGAAUGCACGGUUACCCAAAGAUACAGAACAGAUUCUGUUGAUGUCGUAUGGAGAGACGACUAA